AUGUUGUUUUCGCAAGCAUUCGUUGCCUUGUUCCUCGCUUCGACGGUGUUUACCGCUCCUCUUACCAUUCCAGGCCAAGAGACUGACGGUCUCAACUGGAUCAAGCGCGAAGACCAAGAGAAUGAUGAUGCCCAUCCCUUGAACUGGAUCAAGCGCGAAGACCGAGAGGAUGACGAUGCGCAUCCCCUGAACUGGAUCAAGCGCGAAGACCGAGAGGAUGACGAUGCGCAUCCUUUGAACUGGAUUUAA